AAAAGCAGAUUCGGUCCUUCAAAUCACUUAAUUGUUGAGUUAAUUUUUUUGUGUUUUAGCUGUUUAAUUGUUAAUGGAUUUAAUUUAACUAACUGAAUUCGGAUUAUUGGCAGUGUCUUGUUCCAUUAAAUACAAUUGACAUCUUAUAGUAUCUCCAACUUACCCACAACAUGACUGGUUAUCGGGAUCAUAAAUUUGAGGGUUCUCGUGAUGAUUAUGAGCAACGAUUGGCUAAUUCGACUACACUUUAUGUUGGUAAUCUCUCUUUCCACACCAAAGAAGAGCAAAUCUAUGAAUUGUUUGGAAAAUGUGGAGAUUUGAAAAGAGUAAUUCUUGGACUAAAUCGUGUCACUAAGACACCUUGUGGAUUCUGUUUCAUUGAAUAUUAUGACAGAGAAGAUGCUCACAAUGCUAUUCGUUAUAUUGGAGGGACUCGUUUAGAUGAACGUAUCAUCCGAACUGAUUGGGACGCGGGUUUUAUUGAAGGGCGACAAUAUGGACGAGGUAAAGCUGGUGGUCAAGUUAGGGAUGAAUAUCGAACUGACUAUGAUCCAGGUAGAGGUGGAUUCGGUAAAUACAUUGCUAAGAAAAUUGAAGGUGCACCAGGACCAUCAAUGGAAAAAGCUUAAAUCUUUUUUGCGAACUUAAUCAUUUUAAGGACAAACCAACCAUCACAAUCUCAUUUUUUGGAAAUGUAAAUAAACGACUUGAGGAAUUAACUUUGAUAUAAACCAAACGAACCAGAUAUUCCACUUCAACUCUUAAAAAUUGAACCGAAAGACCAAAAAUAAAUGUCGAAACUAUAAUUUAUACACUAA